CUGAUGUCGAGUAUAAAUCUGUGAUUCUGCACAAACAUGAACAGACGGACAGAAAGUCAGGAUGAAGGUGCAUCUGUUGUGGUCGACUGUUGUUCUUCUCUCUUCUCCUCUCAUCACAUUAUGUGACCCACUAUUCGUUCUGUUGGCUCCCAAUUUGCUGAGGGUUGGUUCCUCAGAGAACGUGUUCGUGGAAGCUCAGGAUUAUAAUGGAGGAGACCUGACAGUGAGGAUCGUGGUGAAGAACCACCCGCGCAAAAAUGUGGAAAUCUUUUCUGAAUCGGUGACCCUGACAGCGGCCAACAAAUACCAGUUUGUUGCAAAGAUAAAGAUUCCCGAUGAUAAAAACUACUUCAUUGAUGAUCCUCUGGAGAAGCAGUAUGUGUGUUUACAGGCUGAAUUUCCUUCUAAAAUCCUGGAGAAAGUGGUCAUGGUGUCAUUUCAGUCGGGAUAUAUAUUUGUACAGACAGACAAACCCAUCUACACACCUGCUAGCACAGUCCAGUACCGGGUUUUCUCUCUGACUCCAAACCUUCAUCCACACAGUCAGUCUGGAGUCUCAGUGGAUAUCAUGAAUCCACAAGGCAUCACGGUUUUAUCAGAGAAGAUUUCUCCAAGUCAAGGAAUGAAGUCUGGAAAGUACAAUAUUCCUGAGGUUGCCAGUCCUGGGAUCUGGAAGGUGGUCACACGGUACGCAAACACCCCGCAGACGACGUUCACUUCAGACUUUGAGGUCAAAGAAUAUGUGCUUCCAACUUUUGAAGUCACUUUAAUGCCCAGCAAGUCCUUCUUCUAUGUUGGUGAUGAGCGUUUAACAGUCGACAUCACUGCUGAGUAUCUGUUUGGGAAGAAGGUUGAGGGACAAGCGUUUGUGGUGUUUGGUGUGAUGGAUGGUGAGAGUAAAACAAGUAUCGCCGCCUCUCUACAAAGAGUCCCAAUAGAAGAAGGAAAGGGUUCAGCUGAUCUGACCAGGGACAUGAUCAUUCAGACCUUUCCAAACAUCCUCCAGCUGGUUGGGAAAUCACUCUUUGUUUCAGUCAGUGUUUUAACAGAGACCGGCAGUGAAAUGGUGGAAGCACAAAAGAGAGGCAUUCAGAUUGUGACGUCACCGUACACCAUCCACUUCAAGAGAACAUCUCAGUUCUUCAAACCUGGAAUGCCCUUUGACGUCUCGGUUUACGUGACAAAUCCUGACCAGACGCCUGCUGAAAAUGUGGCAGUUGAGGUCAACCCCGGGUGGGUCAGAGGUCGAUCAAAAGCCAAUGGCAUUGCAAAGGUCACCGUCAAUUCUCAGGGAGAUUCUCCAUCACUGCAGAUCACCGCAAAGACCAUAGAUCCACGAUUACAAGAUGAACAGCAGGCAGUGAAGACGAUGACAGCUCAAGCGUACAUUCCCAAAAGCAACUCCCAAAACUACCUGCACGUCGGCAUUGAUGCUGCUGAGCUCGAGAUCGGUGAUCAUAUGAAAGUCAAUCUGUACACAGGAAAAAGUCCAGGAGCCAAAGAUCAAGAUUACACGUACAUGAUCAUCAGUAGAGGACAGAUCGUGAUGGUGGACAGGUAUAAGAGAAGAGGACAGUCUUUAGUCACUCUCUCUCUACCUGUGACUAAAGACAUGGUGCCGUCUUUCCGUUUCUUGGCGUAUUAUCAUGUGGGAUCAGAUGAGGUGGUUUCUGACUCCGUCUGGGUUGAUGUGAAGGACACGUGCACAGGAACACUCAGUCUUGAGAUAAAGAACAAGGCCAACACUUAUAGUCCGGGUGAUAGGUUCAGCUUGAAAAUAACUGGAGAUCCUGGAGCUAAAGUUGGGCUGGUGGUGGUUGACAAGGCUGUGAAUGUCCUUAACAAGAACAGACUCACACAGUCGAAGAUCUGGGACGUGAUUGAGAAACAUGACACAGGUUGUACAGCGGCCAGUGGAAGAGACAGUAUGGGGGUUUUCUAUGACGCUGGUCUGAUGUUUGAGUCCAGCACCGCUGGAGGAACCAAAACCAGAACAAUGAACGAGUGCCCUACUCUUUCAAAGAGAAGACGGAGAUCAAAUGGUGACAAUGAUGACUACCCAGACUCUGAAGAUAUUGUGUCACGGACACAGUUCCCUGAGAGCUGGCUUUGGGAGGAGGUGACUGUUCCUCAAUGCAAAGAUAAAACCUGCGUACUAUCAAAAGACAACAUCAACCUGAUGGAAUCCAUCACAACCUGGCAAAUCUUAGCCAUUAGCUUGUCAAACUCAAACGGUAUCUGUGUGGCAGAUCCUCUGGAGAUGAUUGUUUUCAAGAAUUUUUUCGUCGACCUCAAGAUGCCGUAUUCGGCCGUACGCAACGAGCAGCUGGAAAUCAAAGCCAUCAUUCACAACUACACCCCAAGGAAGAUGAAGGUGCGUGUGGAGUUUAUGGAGACAGAACACAUUUGCAGCACUGCCAGUAAUAAGCAUAAAUACAGAACAAUUGUAGAAGUCGAGGGCUCUUCUAGCAAAACCGUUCCAUACGUGAUCAUUCCCAUGGAGUUGGGCGUACAUCAGAUUGAGGUGAAGGCUGCGGCGCCUGAUUUUAUCACCCCUGAUGGAGUGAAGAAGACCCUGAAAGUGGUGUCUGAGGGUGUCCUAGUGGAGCUGAUGGUGAAAAGUGUGGAACUUAAUCCAGAGAAGCAGGCAGGUGGAGAACAACUUGAAGUUAUACAAACUUCCUUUCCAGCUGACAGGAUUCCAGGCACAUCUGCAAGCACUCUCAUCUCGAUAACCGGUGAGGAGACGAAAGAGCAAAACUUGAAUCUGGACGUUAUGCUGUUUGUUGAAGGAAGAAGCAAACCAGUCAGAUGGGGUUUCAGAAAAGCUAACGUGCAUGUUACACGCUCAGACAAGUUUGAUCUCAAUAAGAACUUUAACGUGACGGCUAAAGGAACUGGAACAGCCGCUCUCUCAGUGCUCAUGCUUUAUUAUGCCAAACCUGUGGACAAGAUUUCUGACUGUAAACACUUUGAGCUGAGGCUUAAAUUUGAACGAGAACGUGCCGUGAGUUAUCCAGGGGCUGAAGAAAGUUACAAGCUCAUAAUGGACUUCUUCUACAGAAGUGAAACAAGAGACGCCACCAUGAGUAUUCUGGAUGUGGGUUUACUGACAGGGUUUAAAGUGGAUGAAAGAGAUCUCACAGAGUUGACCAUGGGCAGAGACAGAGCCAUUCAGAAAUUUGAGAUGAACAAGGAGCUCUCGGAUCGAGGGUCACUCAUCCUCUAUGUCAAUAAGGUUUCUCAUAAAGAAAGAGACAGAAUCGCAUUCAGAAUACACAAGGUUAAUAGAGUGGGUUUGCUUCAACCGGCUGCAGUCACCGUCUAUGAAUAUUAUUCACCAGACGCACGCUGUACAAAGAACUAUCACCCUGAUAAAGAAGACGGAGCUCUGACCAGAUUAUGUCAUGGAGAUGUGUGUCAGUGUGCUGAAGAAAACUGCAGUUUGCAGAAGAAAACAAAAGUCAGCGAAGAGAUUCGUUCGGAUAAGGCUUGUGAAGCUGGCAUGGAUUAUGUUUAUAAAGUCAAAGUGAUUGACAUGACGUUGACAAAACAUUCAGACAUCUAUAAUAUGAAGGUGGAGCAGGUCCUAAAGGAAGGCACCGAUGAAGAUAUGGAGGGAAAGAUAAGGGAGUUUCUGGCUCAUCCCAAUUGCAGAACUUCUUUGGGAAUCGAAAAAGACAAGACGUAUCUCAUCAUGGGCAAAUCCACUGACCUACCGAACCUCGACGCGAGACUGCAGUACAUCUUGGGUGAGCAGACGUGGAUCGAGUACUGGCCCACAAGAGAGGAGAGCCAAACUCCAGAACACAGGGAAAGAUAUACCGGCCUCUCUACACUCGAAAGGAAGCUCUUGAAAGAGGGAUGCUCUACAUUAUUAAGCACAUAAAAUAUAAAUACUUCAACAUCUUGCAUAAUCAAAAAAUAUAACCUUGAUGUUGGAUGAAAACUUGGAUCUUCAUGUUCUCCACAUUUCAUAAUUUUUUGUAAUUUUAGUAAAUCUUAACUAAUACUUCAUGUUAUUCUGUGGGUUUUACAAUUGUCUAACCAAUGAAACAUAUUAACUGUCGGUCCAUAUUUUGAGCCAAGAGAAAAAAAUGCAUUAUGCAAACUUAAACAGCUGUAACUAUUGAAUGCUUUGGAGUAGAGACAUAUGGUUGGUCACUUUUGAAAAAAGACACUUGGAGGAUCAUUGUAGAAGUUAAAAAAUAAAAUAAUAAUUAUGUGUGUAAAA